GCCGCCGCGAAGGAACUGCUAUGUGCCGGCAAGAGGAAGAGAUCCACGGAAAUCCAGCGGCCAAGCUUCGUGGAGCCAAUGCCUGCGCCAGAAGCCGUCGCAGUCGAGGGAACGAGGCCUCGCAGGCGCCUCCGUGGCAAGCAGCCGCCGAGUGGCGAAAGGACUGCCCCAUGUGUGCAGCCGACUGCCGAAGCUCCGAAGGCCAAACCCAAGGCCCCAGUGGGGCAAAGUGUCAAAGGGAGGGCCGCUGAGAAGUUCUCGGACAAGCAGCAGAAGUGGGCCAUCCAGCUCCGCGACAUGGGCUUCACCAAGCGUCGCGUCGACGUGACGCUCCCGGGAUGCCGCUCCUUGUGCGAGGCAGUCGAGAGGUUGUGCGGAUAA